AUGGUGAAGAGGGAAAUUAUCCUGCCAAAGCACACGGCAAAGUUGGAUUUGCACGGCAAAGAGGUCUUUGCCGUGCACAGGCGCACGACAAAGGUGGCUUUGCACAGCAAAGAAGUCUUUGCCGUGCACAGGCGCACGGCAAAGCGGAAGGUGCACGGCAAAGGGAAAAAGGCGCACGACAAAGAAAAUUUUGCACGGCAAAGAGCUCUUUGCCGUGCAAAGCACACGGCAAAGCCGCGGCGCACGACAAAGGGCCCAACCCUAUCCACCCGCGAGCACGACCGGCCGCUCCACCUCAGCCACAAACACACACGCCCUGCACACCCUCUCCCAGCUGCUGCCCCCCACCACGCGCGCCGCCGCCUACCGUCGCGCCGCCGCCAACGCCGCCUCGCCCCUGCCCCCCCACACGCGCGCCGCCGCCGCCUUGCCCUGCCUCCCAUCGCGCCGCCGCCUCGCUCCUUCUCCCCCACACGCGCCCCGUCGCGCCGCCCCCUCGCCCUGCCCCCCACACGCCCGUCGCCGCCGCCGCCUCGCCUCUGCCCCCCACACGCGCGCCGCCUCCGCCUCGCCCCGCCUCCCUCCGCCUCGCCCUGCCCCCCACACGCCCGUCGCCGCCGCCGCCUCGCCCUGCCCCCCACACACGUGCCGCCUGCGCCUCGCCCUUCCCUCCUCGCGCAAGCGCACGAGCGCGACCUGCCCGACGCCCCCACACCGCCUUGCCCUGCUGCCGGCCGGCUCCGGCGCCCCCCGCGGCCUCGCCCCUCCAAUGGCGGCAGGUGA